AUGAAGCAGACGAUGGAAGCGUGGCUCAAGUAUCCAUCCAGUACGAUCGUGGUAGACUUUGAAUGCAUGGUUGGCCCAGGGUUUCCUCUUCUGCUAAUCCAGGUUGCGAUAGCAAAUGCCCAUGGCGACUGGGUUGUUCCUACUACCCCUAUCAACCAUAGAAUUUCCAAACGAGAGCCCCUCGAAAGGGGAAAUAAGCUCGGACCGCUUCAGCGCACUAUGUGGGAGAGAAUGGUUAUGAAAUUUAACGGUGCCGAUAAUAGAGAUGAGACUACCGAAGGCCUUACCUGGAAAGAAAUUGCUAGUAUAAUCGAUGAUUACAUUCAGAUGAACGGGGAACUGAAGACCUUCGUUGCUUGGUCUGCAUUACCGACGGAUUAUAACUGUCUCCGCAACAGCUUGUCGACUUCUUCUCAGAUGCGUCUGCUGACAAGAGCUGGAUCUCACUACUCGUUAUUUGAUUUCCCUCAUCGUCGACAAGGCGCGCCCUGA